AUGGAAGAAAACACCAAGAUUUUUGCUUCUUUCCCUGAGUACCAAAAUCCUACGCUGAUUCCUACAUACCAGGCGGUAAAAAAGUUACCAAGGAUGAACGUACCGCUCGACGGCGCAGGUGGUGAUAACGGCCUCUUCUGGUACCCUUCCUCAAUCGACCCCAAGACGUACAGAAGAUCGUACUCACGAACUGGACACUACGAUGAUAUUGAGAGGUCCAACUUCGAGGUUAUCACUCGGCACAAAGUACGCAAAAUCCUCUUUGAUGGAACGACCGCGAUUGGAGUCGAGUUCUUCUCUCGAGACGCUGACGGGCAAUCCGUCACUGUGAAGGCGAAUAAGGAGGUCAUUAUUGCCGCCGGCGCCGUUCAUACCCCUCAGGUCUUGCAGCUUAGCGGUAUCGGUCCUAAACCGCUUCUUGAAAAGGCCGGCAUCCCGGUGCUGCUCGACAUCCCCGGCGUUGGCCAGAACUUCCAGGACCACGCUUAUUUGAGCGUCGGAUACCAAUGGGGCAACGGUAGCCCGAAGGGGCCGGAUGUGCCUGCGAAUGGCGAUUUGCGAAGCGUAGCGGCGCCGAACUUGGGUGCAUGGAUCGGCCUGCCGACCAUGACGGAGGAUUUCGAGGAGAUUGCGGCCAGAUAUGAGGCACAGGACCCGGCGGAGUUCUUGCCUGAGGGGACGCACCCAACGGUUAUUGCAGGUUAUGCUUCGUUUCAGAAGCUACACGCCAGAUUGCUGCGUAGCAAGAAUACCAACUUGAUGUGGUUACCGCUUAUGGGCGGGGCGGGGGGCAUUGUGAUGAGCAUGCAUGUUGUUAGCCACGGAACUAUCAACAUUGAUCCUACAAACCCAGAGGCCGAACCCAUUGUGGACUACCGCGCACUAAGCAACCCGACAGAUAUGGAAAUCAUGGUUGAAAACAUCGAGUACAUGCGCAAGUACAUGGCGAGCCCGGAUUUUGCUCAGUAUAGGCCGAGAGAGACAUCUCCAGGGAAGACGGUGACAGGGGAGGCGCUGAAGAGCUGGAUUCGGCAACAGUAUAUCCCGACCAAUUUUCAUCCGAUCGCAACGGCGGCCAAGAAACCGCUCGAGAUGGGAGGCGUGGUUGGGGAGGAUCUUGUGGUGCAUGGAACGGAAAGGCUCAGUGUAGUGGAUGGCAGCAUCAUGCCGUUACUGCCUGGAGCGAAUACGCAGCAGACGGUCUACAUGUUGGCGGAGAAGGUAGCUGUCGAUUUGAUCAAAGCUCGACAGUAG